GGCCAUAAAACAAAAUAAAAAACUAAUAACCUCCUCGUUCUCUGCGAAUCAGUUGAUACGCGUUCGAGCCCUAGAUUUCAAUCUAGGGUUUCUCCGCAGCAUCUUCGAAUUUUGUUUUCAUUAGAUUCAGGGGGUUAUAACAUUGUUUGUAUUAAUUAGUGAAAUUUGCAAGGAUAAGAAUUGGAUAAAAGAAAAUGGCGAGGGUGUUGAGAAGCUGCAUUCAAUCGAUGUUGAAGCUGGCGAACUCGGUGAUUGGGAUGGCGGGGCUAGCCAUGAUUCUAUACUCCGCUUGGAUGAUUAGGGUUUGGCAGAGGCAGAUGGGUGAACUUCCCUUUGGUCACGAUUCUGAUUACCCAUCUCCGUGGUUCAUUUACACGUUUCUUGGCCUUGGAGUUAUGUUCUGUGUAAUCACUUGUUUAGGUCAUGUAGCUGCUGAAACUGCUAAUGGCUGUUGCCUGUAUUUGUAUAUGGUUUUUGUGGUUUUGCUUAUCAUGCUGGAGGCUGCAGUAACUGUUGAUGUGUUUCUAAACCAGGACUGGGAGAAGGACUUUCCAAAGGAUCCCUCGGGGUAUUUUGAUCAGUUCAAGAAUUUUAUCAGGUCAAAUUAUGAGAUGUGCAAAUGGGUAGGCCUGUCACUUGUUUCUGUACAGGGACUCUCUUUAUUAUUGGCAAUGAUACUCAAAGCGCUAGGGCCACAUCAAUAUUAUGACAGUGAUGAUGAAUAUGCUCCUGACAGGGUGCCACUCUUGAAGAAUGCUCCACCUCAUUUUGUUGUUGUUGAUCAAGGAUAUGCACACGGACCUAAAAACGAAUCAUGGAUUAAGUAACAAGACAAAUAGGUAAGGUCAUUUCUUUGACUUGAACCUUGACGUUUGGACCCAUGGAAGGUUAGCUAGGCAGUCCUUUUCGAUGCUAGUUGGCUUAGAAGAGGACCUGUGUGCUGUAUGCUGGAGAUGGAUUAGCUAUUUGGAUUAAUGGCUAUGGAAGAAACAAGUGCCUAUCGUGACCCUUGCAUCUGUUACACCAAUUUCAUACAGUUAUGAGCAAAUGUAUGUGUCAUAUGAUUCAUGUCUGUAUAUCGUAAAUAUAAUGUAGAACCUCUUGAUAUGAACGACCCCCUGUAUCUUCUGUUAUAAGUAUCUCAGAAGUUGGAUCAAUAGAUAUCAACAAAUAUUCUUGUGUUUAACCUGGCUACUCACCAUUGACCAUUCAUCCUUUGUGGAUACAAAAUGGAAUUUUGGUGCCUGGUGCAUUUACACAAAAACAUGAUUGUCCUUUUUUG